CUAAAAGGCCAACUGCACCAUCCUGUCCAUGGAGAGAAUCUGCCCCCUAUAAUUUUCCUUUCCUUUUUAGGCAGCCGACUGGCAUGUCCUUCUGCUUUACCAGGUAGCAGUAGAGUAGCGGACAUUCAGGAGACUGAGAGAAUCCGACGAAGUUUGGACAAAAAUGGAGUACAACAAGAGAGCUUUUUACGGAGACUCCUCAUCCGGCUCGUCCUCCGAUCGUCUCCCACCAGCAUCAUCAUCAUCAGCUUCCAAUUCCAGUCAACAACUAUCAAACCCUUUGCCUCCUCUACAUACUCUUCGUCUCCACAGUCCUCCCAAUUCUAUGGAAGGUGAUAAAUCAGACUACUUGCCAAAUGGCAAGGCGAGUAGGAUUCGGAGCUUCCCUCAUGUUAAAGGCAACUAUGCGUUACAUGUCUACAUCCCAGUUCGUAUCCCUUCUGCUCCAAUGAAGGAGUUGGCCCAGUUUCUGAAGAAGGUCUCAUCUCGUGUACCUGGUCUAAAUGCCAUUGACAUUGACAUCCCAGUCAACAUUUUGUGCACUGAUGAUCUGAAGCUUGAACAAGUUUCCUUGGGGAGAGAAUUCCACAUAAGUUUGGGGAGAACUGUUCCAAUUCGACGGCACCAAAUUGACUCGGUGGUGGCAAUGCUUCAUCAGAAGCUUCAGUUUCAGAGCAGGUAUUGGAUUGAUUUUAAUGAGUGGGACGUUUUUGUGAAUGAUGAUCGCACGCGCUCCUUUCUUUCAAUUGCAGUUAUAACAAAAGGAUUGGCAGAGAUAAGGAAGCAGAUUCAAGCUGUUAAUGAGGUUUACAAGCUUCACAAUCUUCCUGAAUUUUAUAAGGAUCCACGCCUUCAUGUAUCCUUAGCUUGGGCAUUAGGUGACAUCAGUGAUGUACUGAAGAGAGUGGUUGAAGGGGAAGUGAGGAGAUGCACUAUAGUUGGGAAAUAUGCAAAGCCACGUAUAUUUACCUGCAAAUUUAGCGGCAUCGACUGUAAGAUAGGCUAUAAAACCUACAAAAUAUGUAAAUUCCUAGAAGACUAUGAAAGCUAAUUUUAUUUUCAAAUUUUCAGAAUACCAUAUCUACUAAAGGUCACCACUGUUGAUUGACCAACUUUAUUUCUGAAUUUCAUCCUUAUCAUCAAUUAAUUAUUUAGAGACCUGAUGUUUUGUACAGGAAAUUAUAUUGGGUCUGAUUCUAGGGUAAAAUAUGUAAAGCCACAAAUAAAGUGUGUUUGCAAUUCUCUUUCUUCU